AUGUUGCCGACCAACAUCCUACUAUCACUACUCGCCGUUUCGUCGUCGUACGCAUCGGCUUCUCCUCAAGAUCGGUAUGGGGCAGAUCAGAUAGCUCUUGUGCCGUCCGAGGAGGCUGGAGAAGAGCCCCAGUCUCUCCGAACUACUCAUCAGUUUUCACUUCGGCAUGUAUUCCAUCACGGCACCUAUGAGGACCCUACGCUACAUAAACGCCUCGAUGUCGAGCCCGAUGCAGAUCUAUGGAUGGAGUCAGAGGAUGGCCAGAAGGUUGAGCUGCCAAAGACCUUCGAGGCCUCGGGACAGCCGGUGAAGAUUCAACGACUUACCGAUCGACGACCGGAAGUUGUGGAAGGUAGGCUUCAGGCGGCUCGAAACCCAGGCCUCGCUAGCUUUAUACCUCCGCCGGAAUGGACGAUAGACGAUGUUUCCGGCCCCGAUAUAACUGAUAGGCAGACUAUUCUUAGUCUGGCAAAGAUGACUGCCAACGCCUAUAUUCAAAAACCUGGAACUUCACAAUGGCUAAGCCUGGAACAUACCCCUUGGAAACACUCUAAUAGGUUCGGGUGGGAAAACGAUGGCCUCCGGGGCCAUAUUUACGCCGAUAAGGGUAACACGACCAUCAUCAUCGCCCUGAAGGGGACAUCUGCCGCUCUCUUCGAUGGCGAAGAGACUACAACCAAUGACAAAAUCAACGACAAUCUCUUCUUCAGCUGCUGCUGCGGGCAAGGUGGACAGUACUUCUGGCGACAGGUUUGUGACUGUUAUACGACAACUUAUACGUGUAACAUCACCUGCGUAGCCUCGUCACUUAGGUCCGAAAAUCGGUACUACAGGGCGGCUCUAGACCUCUUUGCAAAUGUGACUGAGCUUUAUCCAACGUCGAAUGUUUGGAUAACGGGCCAUUCACUUGGCGGUGCAGUUUCCAGUAUGCUCGGAAGAACAUACGGACUUCCUGCUGUAACAUUCGAGGCCGUCCCUGAGGCACUCCCCAUUUCACGCUUGGGUAUUCCCGUGCCUCCAGGAGGCGAUCCACAUACGCCAGAUGCUGACUACUCGGGCGCUUUCCACUUUGGUCACACUGCCGAUCCCGUCUACAUGGGGAGCUGCAACGGCGCAACGUCAAUCUGCACGCUAGGCGGUUAUGCAAUGGAGUCUGUAUGUUUCACCGGCAAAAGAUGUGUAUACGAUACAGUCCAAGAUUUAGGCUGGCGUGUUGCUAUCGGCACCCAUCGAAUUGUCAAUGUGAUCAAUGAUGUACUUAAAAAGUACAAGACUGUCCCGUCAUGCCAGCCGGAUAAAGCAUGUGUCGACUGUCCUAACUGGAAGUUCUUCCGGAGCAAUGGCAGCGAACACACCACGACAAAAACGACAAGCACUACCCCAACCGCCACAAGGACCGAAACAUGCAAGACUCCUGGCUGGUGGGGGUGCCUUGAUGAUACCACUAGCCAGACUAAUCACCCCUCCACUUCGACGUCUUCCACCUCGACUAGUAGCACGUCUACAUGUAAGACGCCAGGAUGGUUCUGGUGCAAAGAUAAAAGCACCACGGAGACAAGUAUAACGACAACCUCGGGAACUACUUCCAACCCUCCCACAACUACACCAAAGUCAACCUCUGCUACCACUACUACUUGUGAAACGCCAGGGUGGUUCGGGUGUAACGACCCAACAACAACAUCGACCACAACAACGUCGACAAGCCCACCCCCCUCCUCUUCAUCCUUCUCCUCAUCGACUACCACUACCUGCAAAACACCGGGAAUCAUAUGGGGGUGUAACGACGUUACUAGCACAACUACAUCAUCCUCCGCAGCAGCUGGAAGUACGUCAACCUGCAAAACGCCAGGAGUCUUAUGGGGCUGUAAUGAUAUUACAACUCCUGCAUCAACUUCCGCAGCUGCCAGAACCACAUCAAGCUGCAAGACGCCUGGAAUCUUAUGGGGUUGUAAUGAUGUGAUUACAACUCCUGCAUCAACUUCCGCAACCUCCAGCACUACACCUACUUGCAAAACUCCUGGCAUCCUAUGGGGCUGCAAUGACAUCAGCACUUCUCCGACCGCCGGCACCUCGACUCCCACGCUGAUGCCACACAUCAGGCCAACAGCAACUGGUUAA